UUAACAAGAAAAGUGAAGCUUAUCAAAAAAAAAAAGAAAAAAAAGAAGUGAAGAAGACGGAACGGUGGGGCUGUCGAAGCAUCCGCGUCCUCCGGGCUCCGGCGACUCCGCGGCCGCGAUCUCUUCGGCUCUCCCCGCCGGAGACGGCCACCGCGUCGCCUCCCCCUUCAACCGCCUCGAUCCCUUCCUGUUCUUUCGGUAUUUUGGUGUAGUUUGCACUGGUUUCUGGAUUUCUUGACAAAAUGGUGAAGCUGACAAUGAUAGCACGUGUUACUGAUGGCCUUCCACUGGCAGAAGGGUUGGAUGAUGGACGGGAUCAGAAGGACGCUGACUUUUACAAGCAGCAAGCUAAACUUCUAUUCAAAAACUUAUCAAAGGGGCAACAUGAAGCCUCGCGGAUGUCAAUUGAGACUGGGCCAUACUAUUUUCAUUACAUCAUUGAGGGGCGAGUAUGCUAUCUGACUAUGUGUGACCGUUCUUAUCCAAAGAAACUCGCAUUCCAGUACCUAGAAGAUCUGAGAAAUGAAUUCGAAAGAGUCAACGGCAGUCAAAUCGAAACAGCUGCAAGGCCGUAUGCGUUUAUUAAGUUUGACACAUUCAUUCAGAAGACUAAGAAACUCUAUUUGGAUACUAGAACCCAGAGGAAUCUUGCGAAAUUAAAUGAUGAGCUCUAUGAGGUGCAUCAAAUUAUGACUCGUAAUGUUCAAGAAGUUCUUGGUGUCGGUGAAAAGCUAGACCAGGUCACUGAAAUGUCAACUAGGCUGACUUCUGACACAAGAAUCUAUGCAGAUAAGGCUAAGGAUCUCAAUCGCCAGGCCUUGAUUCGGAAGUAUGCCCCUGUUGCCAUUGUGAUCGGUGUAGUUUUGAUGCUCUUUUGGUUGAAGAACAAGAUAUGGUAACUGCACUAAACUAAGGAAGCUGGGCCUGCAUUACCACACUGGUGCAAGAAAAACCGAAAAUUUAGGUAGAUUCUGGAUCAAGAGAUAUCAAGAGAUGCUUUGGUGACUUGUAUCCCGUAUCUGCCCAUUCAAGCGACUACUUCAGCUGCCUUUCACCCUCCUCCCGACAAGCUAUUCAAGCCAAUUCGUUGUAGCAUACAGUAGACCUUAUAACGGAACUCGGACUUGAUUUUGUGAACCCUUGGAACCGUAUAUACAAGAGCUCUGUAGAGUUGAAUUUUUUUAUAUUGGGAUGAUAUUGCAUUUUAUUUUGCAAACUCAUGUAAGAAUUCAGGCUGAAUAUCCUAUAUUACAAUAUCUCUGCUGCAUGUGACUCAUCAUCAUCUUAAAAA